UUCCUAAAUUAUCUUUUUUAAUAUUUCUUUCUUCCAAAAUAUUUUAGUUAAUGUUAUUUACAGUGCAAAAGUCAACAAAGAUGCUGUUAUCAAAAGUUAACAGAGUCGAAAUGUACAUGAAACAAAAUAAACAACGUGAAAAAGAAAAUAGUCCUCAGAGGUUAUCCUUUUUGGAACCUGACAAUGAUUUAAAAAUGUUUCCCUUAAAGAAUCUUGUUGAAGUGAAUAGAAUGGAGACCAAACUUCUCUCCAAAAGUUUUUUUGGAAAAUUGGUCACAGCUUUGGCAGACUUGAGAAGCUCAAGUACCCACAGCAUGACAGUGGCAAAUAUGCUUUACCAUCUUUUAACCUACGAAGCUGGACAAUCCUUCACAUAUAAAGGAAAAUCAGCAAAAAAAACCUGCCUUUCAUGACCUAAAACUUAAUGACUUAGUCAUUUGUGCAAUGCGCGAAGUUAAUAGGAGCGUGG